ACGAUACAAUGAGUGUUAAGAACACGACCCAGAAGGCAACAGGUGUAACGACAUUUCAAGGAAUGCAAACUGAGUACCAGUGGCGGGAACGGAACCCACACGCCUACGUGUUGACGUCUAUUUGUUUCUUAAUUCCGUGUCAGCGUCGCUACUCAGCUGUGGGCAUUCAACGUUGACGUGGUCAGCAUGGAAAGAGGCAAGGCGGGAGGAUAGCAAGAACGAGUGGGUGGCGAAAGUCUGCCGAAAAGUCUAGGAAAAUGAAAACCUGAGACAGCACAGUCGGGGUGAAGCUAUCCCAUCACCUUGCACAGUCUCGAGCUCGACCUUGCAGCUGCCGCCACCUGGCGGAUGGUAGAACAUAGCAGAACUUCUCAGAAAAUGGAUUACAUGCAAGUCUAGAUAGACAUGGUUGUAGCAAAACUAGUACGUAUAGUUUUCGUUCCAUACUCAUACGGAUCAUCCACAUUAUCUCCCGUUUCCGCAAGGUAUAUAUGAGCAUAUAGCGGAACGUACUAUAACAGUCACUGAACCGUGAGCACUUUCGAGAACAUUCUCGGAAAAGAAAAGUGUCCUCUGGUGGGAAAACCCAGCAUGAUAACAAAAAAAUUCGUUCGAAAUUAGUCGCCCCCCGUUUAAAUAAAAUACAAAAUCGCACACUAACAGAAGCCAAGUCAGAAAGAGCCAAUUCUUCCCGCCUCGCUCCGCAUGAGAUCCCACACACUCACAGAAGGCCCCGUGGCCUAGAUUUGAACACGGGGCCCACAGAUUCCGGGGGCCAUGUCACCAUGACAACGUCCGUGCGACGUGAUGCCCAGUGUGCAGCCAAUCGCGAGUGACCUCGUUUUCUUUGUUGUUUUCGGUUGUCGUACCUGCGUGUCGUCGUCGCCGCCACUGUUUUGGUCGACAACUGAGAUUCCCCCGAAGCAGACGACAAAGGAUUCUGCCUUGCAGACGGCACUUGUUUGCAGACCCGAGUGGUCAUUGGUUGAGAUUUGUGCAAUGGAAGCCGGUGAGGAUUACGAGCUGGCUGCGCUUUUGGUUCCGAGACGAUGUGACCCAGACCGGCAGUGUUGCUAGACUACGUGAAGGAGGUUACGCUGUCAGCUGCUGACUGGGAUGCAAGGCUGCAGUGAAGUGAUCCCUAGCCACAACACGAGCGACAUCAGAGGAGCCAUGGAAACGGACGGCGAGAAAGUUCUGCAGAGGACGUCGUCCCUGCUCCAGAACAAGGCCUUCACCGAUGUCACCUUCAUCGUGGGGCCUCCGUCGGCAUCGAAGAAGUACGUCGGUCAUCGCGUCCUCCUGGCCAUGACCAGCCCCGUCUUUGAAGCCAUGUUCUACGGGGACAUGGCAGACAAGUCGAAAGUGAUUCGCAUAGCGGACAUUGCCCCCAUAGGCUUCGAGAACUUACUACGGUACGCCUACACAGACAACCUGAAGCUGCAAACCGUCGAUGACGCCAUGCUGACCGCGUACGCUGCCAAGAAAUACAUUUUACCCCACCUUCUCAAAGACUGUUUCGCCUUCAUAGAGAAGCACGUCACCCCGCAGACCGUCUGCCAGGUGUUCGAGUUCGCCGAAGUCAUGGAGGCCUUCCCCAUCCUCCACCAAUGCCUCAACAUCGUCGACCGGCAAACGUACCACGUGCUAACCUCUCCCAAUUUUCCGAACAUCGCCCUCCACACUUUGGAAACCAUCGUCAGACGAAAGUACCUGAACCUGUAUUCGGAAUAUGCGCUCUACUCCGCCGUCGUCCAAUGGGGCCAGGAAGAAUGCUCCCGGAGGAACCUCGAGAAGGACAUGGAAAACGUGCGCGUCGUCAUAGAGUCCGUCUUACCGUUGAUACGCUUCUUGGCCAUGAGUCCCGAGGAGUUUUGCAAGGGACCUGCCAAGACAGGUCUUCUAUCUAAAGAAGAAUGUUUUUCUGUCUUCAUGAACAUGGCCAUACCGGGGAUAGUACCCUUACCGAAAGGUGUCAGCAUGGAAGGCGCCAAGCGAACGACGCCCCCGGAGUUCUUCGUGGCCAGGAGGUACCAGGCGGUGUCCUUCCACGCACCGUCGCGUCCACUACGGCUGUUCGGGUUGAAGUUCGUCGUGCCGACGCGAGACGUGUUCCUGGUGGGCAUGGGGUUCCCCGUGCGUCAGGACCUGGGCUCUUACAGCGUUCGGCAGCCGAAAUUCGACGGGCAGUUGAGAUGCAGUUACCGCAUUCAGGAAGACCGCAAAGAGAGGGAGGACGCGGACGUCAGUUUCGUCCUGGCGAAGGACAAGGACGUGAGGAUUAAGUUCAAGAAACCCAUCUUCGUUCGUAAAGGGAUCGAGUACGAGUUGGAGCUCCAGCUGUCGUCCCUGAUGAGCGAUGACGUCAUAGUUCCCUCGUUGAAGAACAGGAAGAAGGAGGACACGGUUGAGGGUGUGACGUUCCAGUUUGCGGCGUUUCAGCGACCGCAUAUGGCGAACGUUUUGGAAAUCAUGGAACUUUCAGACUUGCUCUUCUAUUUCUAACUUACUUGUACCUCUAGCUUGGCGUCACGUCGCCCACAUUCGUAUUCUUAAAAAAAAGAGUGACUUCCAGAGGACUGUUCCACGACAUUGCCUGGAAGUUCUUGCGAUGUGAUUGCACUCCAAGGACAUACAGUGUUGUUGCCUUCGAAAACCAGGCUCAUACAGCUGAGCUGUGAAAGUUUGAGUCGGGUUAGCGCCAUAGUAGGCGUUCAGGACUUGUGUACCGGGAGCGCGUCUGCGGCCAAGAGGUACCGAGGACGUGUUUGAAAUAAUCCGUGAAUUUAUCGUCUCCGCUGUACGCGUUGCAUGAUUAUGGUACUACUACAAUUUAGGAGGUUUUAACUGACGAUUCUUAAGAGUUUAACUUUGAUAUGAGCUUUCCAUUAGCCAAGUACACGAGCUGUUAGUGGUUUAUAAAUUAGCAGUUAUGAUAAGCUUGAUCAUAUGUUGCACAUCUACGUAUUGUAGAGAUUUCAAAUACAUGGCAGCAAUAAGUGAUUGAUUGACUGAUUGAUCACGGCGUUUUUUUAGUAUACGAUAAUUCCGGUGAGUUCCGUCUCAGGAAGUAAUUACCCUUUUUACAUUAGCUUCGUCUCGAACUGCAACGAUUAUUUACAAUGUGUGUGUAUUUUAUAAUGAGAAAUAUUUACUAGUUAGUUUUACCUCGUACUUUUCUGAAACCAGUUCAGAAACAACCACAUUCAUGGAUCUGUGCUAAAAAAAAUACAAAUAUAAGACUGCCCGUAGAAUAGCGCUGCAAUAGGUUAGACACUUUGUUAAUCCCUUUGAUUUCUGAACAUUUUAUAGUUGUAGUCCUUCUGGCUAUAUAUCCAAGAAAAGACUGCCAAAAUAAUAACUCUGUUUAGCGUCCACAAUGUUCAAGCAUGUUCACAUGGGCCUUUCAUCGCAUAACCUCAUCUUUAUAACCUAACAUGUAUACCAAGGCAUGUGUGAGAUUAAAUGGCAUUAAGGCACACGAGGCAUUAAAAUACGUUGUUAUUCACACUGCUUCUCCUGCAUCUGUCAUCAACAUUGUGUUGACUGUCACGAUGGCGGCGACCCUCCGCUCAUAUGCGAGGAAAUACAUUGUUUUCCUUGACCUUUUUGUUUGUGCAUAGCUCAUACGAAGAAGAAACGAAAAGCUAACCGAGCCACCGCCGUUUUCACUCACGUGUACAUAUUAACAACCUACAUAUUGAAAGCAAUAAAAGUAUUCCGAGC